AUGAGUCCGGAAUAUAUCGAAUUAACUAGAAAAUAUGACACUUACAAGGAAAAUAACGAUGCGCUUAUUGCAAGACUUGAGGCUUGCAUACAGCAGAAUGAGGAUGUGAUCGCGGAUGGGAAAAUCGUUGAUGCUCCAAACGAAAAUCCAUACGAAAAACUAUCUAACUCUUUUUUUUUGCUGUAUAAUUUUCUUCCACCUGACAAGCAUCCAAGCAUUCAGGCUUUGAUAACUACAACACAAAAUUUGGCAAAGGUGCAGCGUGAAAAUCAGUUAAAUGGACGUAAAGCAAUUCGACAUUUACGACGAUUUUUUACAGUAGAAUACAAAGAAUUAAUGGAUGAAAGGAUGAAAUUAGACAAAGUACGUGAGCAUAUGGACAACAUGAAGCAUGAAGUUAAAACAUCUAAAACUACAGAAAAAAUCGAGAAGUAUGCGAUACUUUAUGAGCAAGCGGUCGAAGAAUUCGACGUUCAAGCUCGUCGUACUAUUAUACUACUGAAUCAAUUGCCAACAAUAAAAGCUGUUCAUUUGGUCAAGUUUUGA